AGUGGUGUAAUAGGUAUCUGCACCGAUACAUCAGCUCAGUCCCGCCCCGCCCUGUUCGGGAGCGCCGUCCGGUCCCGGUGCCGGCCGCGUCUGUUGGUUGUUUCGGUCGCCGGGGCGGCGGCAGCCAGGCACCGGUCCGCAGCCAGAAGGAGCACCCCGCGGACCAGGCGCCGUCCCACUCCGCCGCCGUCCCGCCAUGGAGCUGCCGGUGCUGCCGCUGCUGGCGCUGGCGCUGCCGGCGGGGGUGCUGGCCAGCUCCCAGUACCAGCUGGCUCUGGACGCUGGCGUGCCGUUCCCGCCCCACAACUACCAUAUGAGUUCGGCGCCGGCCAGCUCCUGGAGCCUGCCGCUCAGCCCGCUGCAAAACUUCACCACGUCCCAGUGUCAGUGCACUGUCCGGUGCCUGUCCGAUCCGCUCUGCUUCAGUCUGAGUCACUCCCUGGAGGGCGAAUGUCAACUAUUCGCAGUCCGCGGCGCCCCGACUGACACAAUUGACACCACUGACACUAUUGACACUACCAGCAUUACCGGGACUGAUGGCCCCGACACCCAGCAGGUCGUCACUGACAUCCUGACCGUCCGAAUCCGAGACAAAAUGGCGCGCCUGGGCGACUUCUGCUUCAGCUCGGAGGAGUGCCAGUUUGUGGUGGAGGGCUCAGAGUGUGUCGGCGGCCUGUGCCACUGUCCGACCGGCACCGCCCCCGACCCGGAGCUGGAGCCCACCGCCUGCCUGGUCCUGGCGGCUGCCGCCGGGACGAAGACCGCCAGUGGAACGGACUCGCAAACGACCACAGUCGACUCGACGACGGCCGACGCCGCGACUGGACAGACCGCGGUGGAUGAGCCGCUCGUGGCCCAGGAACAGGGCACUGCUGAGCUAACUACUACCGACCAACCGACCACAACUAGCGAGACCAGCAGCGCAGCCACCACCACGACUGUACUGCCAACUACCACUGCACCGCCAGCGACAACUUCUGAACGGCCGACGACAACCACAACCGAGCCGCCAACAACCUCUGUGUCAUCAACAACAACCGCCGGGCCGCCAACGACAACCACCGGGCCGCCAACGACAACCGCCGGGUCGCCAACGACAACCACCGGGCCGCCAACGACAACCGCCGGGUCGCCAACGACAACCGCCGGGUCGCAAACAACAACCGCCGGGUCGCCAACAACCACUGCGCCGCCAACAACCACUGCGCAGCCAACAACCACAACUGCACAGCUAACGACCACCGGGUCGCCAACAACAACAGCUGAACUGCUAACAACUACUACGCCGCCAACAACCAAGUCACCAACAACCACCAAGCCUCCAACAACCACCAAGUCACAAACAACCACCAAAUCACCAGCAACCACUACUGAGUCACCAACGACCACUGCGCAGCCUACAACUACCACUGAACGGCUCGGCGUCAAAUGAACCCCUUACAGCAUAAGGGCUAGCGAUCCAUCUACGCAUUUGCCGGAAUAGCCAACGAAUCGAAUGCUGUUCGACCCAACCCUAACAGGUCUACCACAAGGGCGCCACAACAAUGCUAUACACGCUACUUAUCACCAAUAUCUCGACAACCGCUGCUUCCACAACCAGCGUGGCGUCCACCACUUGACCACAGCAACCACGUCAGCAACCACCAAGUUAAGUGUUUAAAACGAGCAAACCACCAGGAAGCUGCCGCCGCCAGCCACUUCUAGUCAUAUAGUUCGCAGCAGAUCUCUUACCCAGCGCUCACAAUGACAAUAGCAGGACUAGUUCCAACUCCGACCACUACACCACUACACUACUAGUUCAAGUGCUGGCGCCUGGCUGUGCUGUAGGUACAAGUCAGCCAUUUGAACAGCCGAAAGUAUGCGUUCUUGAACCUCGAGCAGCAUUCAUUCGCAUAAUUUUAGUCUCUCUUUUCCUUACAAAUCUGCGAAUGCCGCCCGCCAAUUACGGCAACGGCGCGGCGCACGAAAACCUUCACCCUGACUUUGCCGAUAUUUGACCGGGGUCCUGUCCAUGAUACUACGGCCUACCCGGGCGAGGCGGUCCCGUCAACUGACUCGACCGAAUGGGAGAGGAGCGUCAUUUGUGGACGAGAUUAACGAUUACCGUCUACGGAUGAUAUGAAAAUGAUAAUGGACUAAUAACGGUGAGGGCACUAGGAAGCUAGCAAUGGGUUCCCCGGUUGCACACUGUCCAGCAACUCUUCAGUCUCAUCCUCGUUGUUUUAAGAAUCCAAAGUCUUAUUGUAUCGUCGCUACACCCAACAAGUAUCUGGAUGUGUGGUAGCUGUACCAGUAAUAUUAGAUCAGUAUCAGAGGUGUGUUAUCUGUUUCGUCAAUGCACUGCGCUUGUUUGUUUUAGUUAGUACAAUGAUCAGCUUAGGCGGAUAUUUUAGUAGCAAUAAAUAACGAAAUAUA